AUGAAGUGUGCAUUCGGAUCAACAUGCCACGGUGCAGGACGUCUCAUGUCUCGUUCAAAGGCACUCAAGACAAUUCCUCUCGAGAAGGUACAGAAUGAUCUUGCUUCACAUGGUGUCUUCCUCAAGGCAGCAGACAAGCAAACAAUUCAGGAUGAGUCUCCAGACGCAUACAAGGACAUCGAGCAGGUUAUCGAUGCAUGCGAGACAGUUGGUAUCUCACACAAGGUUGCACGCCUCGUUCCAAUGGGCGUUAUCAAGGGAUGA